AUGGGUGUUGCAGGACUCUGGCCGCUUCUAAAGCCGGCUCAAUCGGUGACGACACUUACUGCCCUUUCCCUCACUAAAUUUGGCGCCCCUAGUCGUGGUUUUCGUAUAGGCAUCGAUGCUUCAAUAUGGUUCGUGCAUGCAGGGUAUGGUAAAGAAGGGGAGAACCCAGAGCUUCGUACAAUAUUUUUCCGGUGCGCACAGCUGCUCAGUGAGGGAUUUUUACCGCUGUUUGUAUUCGAUGGUCCCUUGAGGCCAGGUGUCAAAAGAGGCAAGCGGAUCAACAAGCAUGGAAACAAACUGGUAACCGGUAUGCAGGCUAUGAUAGAGUCCUUUGGGUUUGAAUAUCGGACGGCUCCUGGAGAGGCGGAGGCGGAACUUGCAUUCCUGAACAGAAUCGGGGUCAUCGACGGAAUUCUAUCUGAUGAUGUGGACAAUUUUCUUUUUGGUGCACACACCGUGAUUCGAAACCGUUCCUCAACUCACGCUCACGCGAAAAGUACGAUUGACAAAGCGAAAGUCUACACAUACAUCCUUCCCCAUCAUGCCCUUUCGGAUAUCAACCGCGAAGAGCUUAUUUUUAUUGCUCUAUGUUCUGGCGGUGACUACGGUACAGGCUUAGAAAAUUGUGGUGUCAAGAUAUCGUACGGUCUUGCGCGUGCUGGGUUCGGGAAAACACUAUGCCAAGCUGCUCUGACUUACGACAAAGAUUCCGAUGAGCUGCAACACUUCCUUAGGCAAUGGAAGUCGGAAUUAGCUCAGGAGUUGAAAAUCAAUGCCUCCGGGUUGCUACCACGAAAGUCACCUAAACUUGCCAGCACCAUUCCCGAUUCGUUCCCGGAUAUCAAAGUUUUGCUAGCUUACUUGAGGCCUGUUACCAGCGAGAGUCUUGGCCGCUCAGCGCACUACGAUGACCUGGUGGUGAAUGCUGGAGGUCACAACAGAUGGUUGAAGAAAGAUCCCUCCUUACCUUUGCUUGCGGAGAUAUGUGAAUUUUAUUUCGAAUGGGGAUUCCUCGAGAGCAUCAUCAAACGUUUUCGUACCGUUAUCUUCCAUGGUAUCACCCUUCGAAUCAUGCGGCGUGCAUGCAUUCUUAAACAGGCUUGUGAGGCAAAGCCAAUUGAUUUUGAGACCAUCCGCGGCUAUUUUGCCUCAGGAGACUAUGUUUUCGAGGACACAGGGUGUCCACGCCCUGAAUUUAUUCGACACGCGAGCAAAACACGCACGCAUGAAUCCACGUCGCACACACUUGAAUAUCGAGUUGCUGUUGAUCCCACCAUCCUAGUUCAACUUCUUACUUGCGGAGUGAAAGGAAUCCGACGUCCCGACGAUGAAGACGAAUGGGCGGAAUUCGAGGAGCUGGAGAAUGGCUCAUCUGACGAUGAGGAUGGUGUGAAGGGGAGGGCAAAGAAGAAGAAACAUCCUCGUCCUACCCUGUCCGGGCUACUAGAGCUUUGGCUCCCUGCAGUGCUUGUCAAGGAGGCAGUUCCUGGUUUGGUUGAGGCUUACGGAGUGGUGCAAAAACAAAAGGAGGAGAAGAAGGCAGGGAAA